GGCGGCGGGCGGUGUGGGCGCGGCGUGUGCGGCAGGCUGGGCUGCACCGCAGCGCAUACACUACAAUGGCUGCUGGAAAGACGGGAAAGCAAACAAUUUCCAGGCCCGCCGCGUCCAGCCCGAAAUAUGGGGAAAAAAUUACAGAAAAAUCGGAGAACACUGUAAAGGGUGGAAACGGGGCGCAGAGGGGAUGCUGAGGCUCCCGCGACCAGUAAAAAUGGGAAGUACUGGAUUCUGGUUUCCUCCAAGAAGAGUCAGCGGAACUGGUUAAGACCAAAAUCUGAGGACUUUAGUGGGCAAACAUCAGUCCCCUUUUGCUUUCUUUUACGACCACAUGAAACUUGAGAAGCCAUCUAAAGCUAAAUCAUUUAGUGGAGUUGGGCAAUUCCCAAGUGUCCAACAAGAAGGCCUGGUUUAGGCUGCGAUGGCCACUGUCAUUCCUGGUGAUUUGUCAGAAGUAAGAGAUACCCAGAAAGUCCCUUCAGGGAAACGUAAGCGUGGUGAAACCAAACCAAGAAAAAACUUUCCUUGCCAACUGUGUGACAAGGCCUUUAACAGUGUUGAGAAAUUAAAGGUUCACUCAUACUCUCACACAGGAGAGAGGCCCUACAAGUGCACACAACAAGACUGCACCAAGGCCUUUGUUUCUAAGUACAAAUUACUAAGGCAUAUGGCUACUCAUUCUCCUGAGAAAACCCACAAGUGUAAUUAUUGUGAGAAAAUGUUUCACCGAAAAGAUCACCUAAAGAAUCACCUACAUACACACAAUCCCAACAAAGAGGCCUUUAAGUGUGAAGAAUGUGGAAAGAACUACAAUACCAAGCUUGGGUUCAAACGUCACCUGGCUUUGCAUGCUGCAACAAGUGGUGACCUCACCUGUAAGGUAUGUUUGCAGACUUUUGAAAGCACCGGAGUGCUGCUGGAGCACCUAAAAACUCACGCAGGCAAGUCAUCGGGUGGAGUGAAGGAGAAAAAACACCAGUGUGAACACUGUGAUCGUCGGUUCUACACCCGAAAGGAUGUCCGUAGACACAUGGUAGUGCACACUGGAAGAAAGGACUUCCUCUGUCAGUACUGUGCACAGAGAUUUGGGCGGAAGGAUCACCUCACGCGCCACAUGAAGAAAAGUCACAACCAAGAACUUUUGAAGGUCAAAACAGAGCCAAUGGACCUUCUAGACCCCUUUACCUGCAAUGUUUCUGUGCCUAUUAAGGAUGAGCUGCUUCCAGUGAUGUCUUUACCUUCCAGUGAACUGACAUCAAAGCCAUUUACAAACACUUUGCAAUUAAAUCUCUACAACACUCAGAUUCAGUCCAUGCAGAGUUCUGCAUCUGCACACCAAAUGGUUGCCACAUCAUUACCAUUGGGAAUGCCUUGUCCAAUAGAUAUGGAGUCUGUCCACCCUUCUCACCAGCUAUCGUUGAAAUAUCCGCUCGGUACUACCUCAUAUGCAAUUUCUAUGCCUGAAAAAGAACAGCCAUUGAAAGGGGAAAUUGAAAGUUACUUAAUGGAGUUGCAAAGUGGUAUGCCUUCUUCAUCCCAGGAUUCUCAAGCAUCUUCAUCAAAACUAGGGCUGGAUCCACAAGUAGGGCCACUAGAUGAUGGGUCUGGGGAGGUUUCCCUUUCCAAGGGCUCUGUUCCUAUUAGCGAACCUCUAAACACCCCGUCAUUGGACUUUUCGCAGCUGUUCAACUUCAUACCUGUAAAUGGCCCUCCCUAUAAUCCUUCUGUUUCAGUGGGAAACCUCGGAAUGAGUUAUACGCAAGAGGAGGCACAUUCUUCUAUGACUCAACUUCCACCACAAACCCAGGAUCCACAAGAUCCUAGCAAUAGUAUAGGUCUUGGGUCUCUGCACUCAUUGUCAGCAGCGUUCACAAGCAGUCUAAGCACAACCACCACCCUACCACGAUUUCAUCAAGCUUUCCAAUAAGAUGUACAAAGCUGGCUUGUUACUGUCUAUUUGUAGAAAUGCCUUAGGUGACCAUUUUUAACUUAGUGCCUACUAUAAGACAUUAUAAAUUCUCUGCUUUUGUACAGUACCAAUCUCAUGAAGCCAGUAAGAAAUUUAAAUUAACUUUUUAAAAUUGUUUUGAAAGUGUUUAUUCUCAGCUGUGUUUACUUUGUUGUUUUUUUUUUUUUAAAAAAAACCAGUCUCAUUGUAUUGUUUUCAUUCUCACUGCCAAUUGACACAUUUAAGAUGUUCAGUAGAAAGUCAUCCCAAUCAAACUCUCAACACUCAUCCCUUUUUAAAAAAUUCAACCAUACCAGCUAUUCUCUUUUUUUUAUGUCAGUGGUAGAACUGCCACUUUUACCUUUUAAUAUAUUUUACUGUUUGCAAAGAAUCCAGUUAAAAUAGGUAUCAAAAAGAUUCCUGAAGAUUUGGGAAAAAAAUUCUCCAGUCUGUUUCCAAACAAAUCCUCUUCCCAAAUGGUGACACAUCUGAUCUGUUCUGUAAUGACAAAUCUAAAUUUUUAAAAUAAAUAUAGAAUUCAGAUUUUUCUGAAAACUUGUGUGUGUAUAUAUAGAAGUCCAUAUAUACACAUGUACAUAUAUAUAGCAUUUUGACUUGUAUUGAAGUCAUUAUAAAAGGUGUAAAGAAUUUGCCAUUUUCUGGCUUAAAUUUUUGCGGCCUGUUAUGGAUAGUGGAAGAAAAAAAUUUAGUUUAAUUCUCUAAAAUCAUGGCUGAACAGAAUUUCAACAGAGAAUCUCUGCUUGCCUAAAUGACAAAUGUUUCAAGUUGAAUUUGGAACUGUGUUGUUGUGCUUUCAUGACUCUGGUAGAGGGAAACAGGCAAAAUUAAUGGCUGAUCUUGAAAUAUAAAAGUGUUGUAAUGUAGUAAUGCAGAAUAUUUUGUCGCAGUUUUUGUUUUAAUUCUUAACUUGCUGUUUUUUUCUCUUUAGUAGCAUAGAAAGAGUACUGCAUAGGAAUCUUCCAGUAGUGUAUUCACAUUUGUAGGCAUCAGUCUUCUCCCAGCUGCCACCGCCAAAGGGUGGAUCAAGUCCAGCCAGAAAGUGUGUAUCUGUUUUCAGUUCAAAACUAGUGUGCAGUCAGAGAGUGAAUGUAAAUUUGCAAAUACCAGUUUUUUGUUUUGGUUUGGUUUUUUUUUUUUGUUUGUUUUUUUUUUUUUUUUUAUUGGAAUGAUCUUUUCAGUUGUGUUACAUGGUGUGUUAUGUCCUCCUAAGCAACAAGUUAGAUAUUAAUCACACUUUCUACACCUGGGUACUUGGUUAGGGACUUUUUGCCCAUUGCCAAGAUUUAAAGACAGGACUCUUAGGAGUGAAGUAAAAGCAUAUUGCUUACACCACUUUUACCUAAUGCAAUAUAUUCUAUUCCCCAACCCCUAAUAACCAAAAGAGGGAAAAAAAAAAAAAAAAAAAAAAAACAACCAACCCUGUGAUGCAUGGAAGCAAACUAGAUUUGCUGUAAUUCAACAAUAGCAUUGUUUUCCUUGUCAUUUUUGUACAAGGAAUUAAAAAAUAGAAAUCAAGUACAUUAGUAUCUCUCAAACAAUAAUGAGGGUUCAUACAAGGUUUUAAGUGGUUAAACUAAAUAUACUUCACGGAAACAAAAGUUGCUCCCAUUUAAGGAGCUCAUGCUCCGGAUGUUUUAUCAGUAGCUCCUACUUUUUUUUUUUUUUUAAUUCUAGGAGCAAUAUGCAGGUGUAGUUUUACUAUUUUAUACAUAUGUGUAUUUAAAUUUUAUUACUGAAAGAUAACAUUUUUAUAAAUGUGUUUGUGUUCCAAAGGCAUUAAAAUAAGGAUGUAUUAAUAAGGAAAAUACCUUUUGAAAUUCUGCAAACUACUCCUAGAUUUUGGGUUUAGGAGCACGUUAUCUCAAAGUGGGCUUUUAGCUCUGCUUCAUGACUGCUUCCUCUGGUUUCUGUGAAACAGAUUGCUCACUUACUUACAUCUUUAGUUGAAUGAUUUGUUCAAUAUUGCUUUUUAUCUCUUCACCUUUCUAAAGGAAAGAAAAAUACAGAUGAACAGAGCACAAGGUGAAAGCAACUGAAUGUAAUUCUAGUUUAAAUCAGCAACAAUAGCGCGCGCGCAGAAAGAAUUUGGGCUCAUUCUCAAUCCUUGCAAUUACUCUGAGAUGAAGAUAAAGGGAUUUAACUCCUCCAGUGGGUUAUGUCCGGCAGGGAGCCGAGCAUCUGCAACUCUCCCUGCAGUGGGGGAACGCUGGGAGCGCUCGGCAGCCCCUGGCACACAACUUUCCAAUCCGUAGCAACUGUUUAUCCGUCUCAGUUGCCUAUUAGGCUCCACCAAAAACACAAAACCCAACAGACAGUUUGCCAACACCCAUUUCAUAGUGUGUAGCCAGACUCCUUACUACUUUGUUCGUGCCUUAGCUUCCCGUAAAGGGACUGACAUUUCACUAUGGAGUUAGACGUACAUUUCACUUGAGAAAUAGGGACCUCAGACAAGAUAUUGAACCUCAUUCAGUCAGGGUUUCAGUGGGUGGCUGCACCCAGUGUGUUUGCCACAGAACUAGGAUGUAUGGUAGUGUGGAAGCAGACCGACACUGUAAGCAAUACCACCACCACCGGAGUGCUUUCGAAUAUCACUUAGGCAGAGUCGAUAUUGGCCACUACUAAACCAUCAGUUUUUAAACGCCACUUGCUUGAUUUCAGAUGGAUUCUCGGCGGGAGGGGGGGAGGGCUGGCUGAUCAUGCACCACUCUUUGUGCAACUUCUAAACUUAUAGUAAGGUUUUGUUUGUUUUUUUGUUGUUUUUUUUUUUUUUUUAAAUAUAUAUAUUUUUGUGUACUUGUUGCUUGUGCUUUAUUUAGUAGUAAAUUGUGGAAUAGAGUGAUUUAUUGUUAAUUUGGCAGUAGCGGUUUUUAAAAACCAUAUACUGACUGAAACAUGAGCCAGAGCUGAUUGCUUUAUUAAGCUAAUAAUGAAUGUUAAGAGUACAUAUUUUCAGGAUCAUUUGCCUAGUGAGCUAAACUUGUAUUAUAGGCCAAUAUUUUUUAAAAUAAAGCUUGGUCAACCUCUAUGUUACACAUAUUACAAGAUAUAGCACUUUCAAAAAGAAAACCUAAACCUUUUAAGAAAAUUUCUUACAGGUUAUGCUUUUUAUUAUAAAACCUUUUAUUAUAAUUUGUUUCAAGUGCCAUUAGAUUACAUAUAUGUAGGCCUUUGGUAUAAUGCUUUGUGUACAAAAUGGUAGACAUUGUAAUUUUAAACAGGUACAUUUUUACAGUGUUUUCUUAUCAAUUUGCUAUAUUGCACAGAACCAGUGUGUCUUUCUUAAGGGUUUUACAAUGGUUUUUACUAGGUUUACAUGUUUCAAACUACACUGUCUUCUACUGCCAUUUUGAAUACCAGUCAAAAAAACAUUAGGAGUUUGUCCUCACCAAUUGCAAACUGUGUCCUCUGGAGUUCUGGAUGGUAAACGAUGGCAAAAAUGUUUAACAUGCAGUAUUUGAUGCAGAUUUUUUUUUUUUUUUAUCAUACCCUAUCAUCGCUAUGCUGCUGUCUGAAGUUAACUUAGGGCCGGAUCCUGCAUCCGUAAAGGUCGAGGGGAGCGGGAUUGUCAUCCUUUGUUAUGUCUGUCUCAUACACUGGUUUAGCAGCUCAUCCUGUAUUCUUCUCAGUCUAUGGAUAAGCCUCUGAAAUAAGUGUACUUAUCUGGUAUGUAGUAAAUUGUAUAGGCUUAGCUGUCCAUCCUGCAUCCUCCCAGUGUACGGUUAACACCGCAGCCUACUUAGCAUCACGCUCAACACACAAAGAACACCGCAGCAGUGCAAAGUGUGUUUGGAUAGUCCCAAAGCUUUUAUGCAAUAAGGGUGUCUUACUUUUGUUGGAAGGCAGUGUCUUUUGAUAACAGUUAUCUAGCCCUGGAAGUGACACAGAACUAUUGCUAAUCAUAUGUAAACACUUUUCAGUAUAAGCUUCAGUGGUACAGUUGAACCAGAGUGAAUGUUUAUCUCCUCAGAAACACUCCUGCAAUAUUGUUAUAUUGGAUCAUGCUGCUAAUGUAACUUGGGAUACAACUCCUCUCAUGGUGCUACAAACCUCCCUGUCUCAUUCAGAUGUAUUUUUACCCAUAGAAAAAAGGACUAUACUAGACCUAUAGUUGUAUGAUAUAUUUUUAUACUGUGACUUAAUUUGUCAUUAAUGAACUUUUGUGCAACACCACAAUGUAUUCAUAUGCACUUGCAAAAGUAAAAUUUUGGACAUGCAAAUUUAAACACUGACAAGCCCAGCUCUUGUUCACAAAAAUAGGUGACUGCUAGUUAAAAUUAAAUGUGGGCUUUUUAUAAGGUGUGGAGUGAAGAACAUACUAUAUAUUACCAAAAGCCUUUGAGUUUAGACAAAAACUGGGAAGAGUAUAUUGGGGAACGGUGACACACCCAAACCUGAGUCGGAUUGCUGAAAUUAUAUUUUUAGCUAGUGGAAAAAUUGUUUGGACUUCUAUGCUAAAAUGUUUUUAAGAUAAAAGUUUUUGAGUCAAAAAUAGAGAAAAAAAAAGAACACAGAAACCCUGCAUUCCAGACUGAAUUUGUAUAUGUUUCUUGCAUUUAAAAUUUGCUAUCCUGUGAUAUGGGAAAUUGAGUUGCUUAUCAUGUAUAUGUACUUUAAAAUGUAUUCACAAACUACUGUUGUAUUUGUAUAAAAUAUAGACAAAAAGAUUGCAUAUAUAUUUUUGUGUAUAAGCUCUGUAAAAUAGCAAUCACAUUAUGAAGCUGCAGCAGAACUUCAUUUUAAACAUUCACAUCCAAAGAAACAGACUAUUUAUUGUCCACAUACCCUGAUUAUAAAAUAUACCUUGCUGCUAUUAAACAAUAGUGCUGCAGCUUCUUGUGGCCUACAGUGUUAUGUUUGCUGUACAAAAAUAUGUGAACUCCACAAAAUAUAUCAAUAAAAUUACAGAAUGGUUUUAGUUAAUGAA